UGGCUGGGCAGCUAGAAAGCGACGCUAUUCGUUGACGUCAUCAGAAGCGGCCGGUGCGUGUGUGUUGGGGACCACGUGGGAAGCCAAAGGGGAUCGUUGUGCUCAAGAAGGGAGGGAUGUCAUUUCGAGGAAGAGGAGGAGGCAACCGUGGCGGUGGAUUCAACCGAGGCGGAGGCGGCUUCAAUAGAGGUGGAUUCAAUCGUGGUGGUGGAAGAGGUGGCUUUGGAAGUGGAGGAGGACGAGGAGGCUUUGGACGUGGAGGAGGACGAGGAGGCUUCAACAGGGGUGGAUAUGAUCAGGGACCCCCUGAAAGUGUAGUCAUUCUGGGAGAAUUUAUGCACCCUUGUGAAGACGAUAUUGUUUGCAAAUGUGUCACUCAAGAAAACAAAGUGCCUUAUUUCAAUGCACCAGUCUAUUUAGAAAAUAAAGAGCAGAUUGGGAAAGUGGAUGAAAUAUUCGGGCAGCUCAGAGACUUUUAUUUUUCAGUCAAACUGUCAGACAAUAUGAAAGCGUCUUCCUUCAAAAAACUACAAAAGUUUUAUAUCGAUCCGGCAAAAUUGCUCCCUCUGCAGAGGUUUUUGCCAAGGCCUCCUGGAGAGAAAGGACCUCCUAGAGGCGGGAGAGGAGGCCGCGGAGGAAGAGGAGGAGGCCGAGGAGGUGGUAGAGGCGGAGGUGGUUUCAGGGGUGGCAGAGGUGGUGGAGGGUUCAGAGGAGGACGAGGUGGUGGAGGUGGCGGUCGAGGGUUCAGAGGUAGAGGACGUUAAAAUAAAACAAUACGUUACGGCUGCAUCUUCAAAAUACAACGAAAGGAUUUAUUAUGAAUUUGAAUGGACUAUUUGAAGCAUACAGUAAUUUGAAACGAUUACAACUAUACUUCAUGGAUGUCUAUUAAGGUGGAACAAUUUAAGAAGCGCAGCUGCUUACUUUGAAACUGCUUGGAUCUUGCCUUGGGCAGCUGGCAUUAAAUGGAACAAUAUUUUACAACUU